AUGGACACAAUUGACGUUUCCAACUUGAAUCGACAGUUUUUGUUCCGUGCUUCCGAUGUGGGACGUCCUAAGGCUGAAGUUGCAAGUGAAUUUGUCAGUGAAAGAAUCGAUGACCAACUGUUGCAGAUCACUGCCCAUUGCUGUAAAAUACAAGAUAUGCCACUAGACUUCUACCGAGGUUUCGACGCUGUCGUGUGUGGACUCGAUAGUGUGGAAGCUCGUCGAUGGAUAAAUGCUACUUUGGUGUCGUUUUCCUACGAAGAAGACAACACCAUUAUCCCACUAAUAGACGGAGGAACCGAGGGAUUUCGUGGACAAUCAAGGGUAAUUAUCCCCUCGUUCACCUCGUGCUAUGAAUGCACUCUAGACAUGAUUUCACCGAAAACUACUUAUCCUGUUUGCACUAUAGCCAACACCCCGAGGCUCCCCGAACAUUGCAUAGAAUGGGCAUCGGUGAUGCAAUGGCCCAAAGCUCAUCCUGGAAUCAAGUUUGAUAGCGAUGACCCCGAACAUGUGCUUUGGAUGUACAAUACGGCCAAAUUGCGUGCACAGCAGUUCAACAUUUCUGGAGUGACUCGCCAGCUAACUUUGGGAGUGGUCAAGAAUAUCAUUCCUGCCAUUGCAUCAACCAACGCAAUCAUAGCUGCCUCGUGCUGCAAUGAAGCGUUCAAACUCAUCACCAACUCAAACCCCAUUCUAGACAACUAUAUGAUGUAUUCCGGUGACGACUCCAUUUUCACAUACACUUACCGGCAUUCCAAAAAGGCCAAUUGCCCAGUAUGUGGUGACUCGUAUAAAGUGGUACGGGCCCAAAAAUGGUGGUCUUUGUCUGACUUCAUUGAAGAUCUCAAGGAGAUGCAAGAAGUGCAAAUGAAGAACCCAUCGAUAUCAUCAGCAUCAAAACCGUUAUUUAUGGUCAGUCCACCGUCACUCUACGAAGCCACGAAAUCUAACCUAUCCAAAAAUUUAGACACGCUAGUACAUCUGGGAACAGAGUUGGUGGUCACCGACCCAAGUCUACCUAUCGCACUAAAAAUUGUCGUUAAAUUCAUCUAA